AUGGAGAGGAUUACGGAUAAGAUUAACGCGCUGCCUGAUGGCGCCAACUACUUCUCUCUGGAGUUCUUCCCACCGAAAACGGCAAUGGGUUUUGCGAACCUCCAAACUCGAUUAGAGCGCAUGUCACAGGCUCUUCGACCACUCUUCGUUACCGUCACCUGGGGUGCCGGCGGAUCAACAGCCACCAAGUCGCUCGAACUCGCAGAGAUAUGCCAGCGCCAAUUAGGCCUCACAACAUGUUUACAUCUCACAUGCACGAACAUGAAUCGUCAGCUCAUCGACGACGCGCUCGAGCAGGCGAAAGUGUUGGGCAUUCGAAAUAUCCUGGCACUGAGGGGUGAUGCGCCACGCAGCGAAGAGUAUCGGGAUGAAGGAACACCGCCAGAACAGGACUCGAACAAGGACUUCACAUGGGCAAUCGACCUCGUCAAAUAUAUCCGAAAAGAGUAUGGGGACUACUUCUGCAUCGGUGUCGCUGCUUAUCCGGAGGGUCAUUCGGACCAAAGCCACCCUCAGCAUCAGGAUCCGCAGUUUGAUCUGCCAUACUUGAUUGAGAAGACAAAGGCUGGUGCAGACUUCAUUAUGACCCAACUUUUCUACGAUGUCGAGGCCUACGACAAGUUUGAGAAGAUGCUGAGGGAGCACGAGAGUGGAGUAUUCAAGACGAUACCGAUCAUACCGGGGUUGAUGCCGAUACAGUCGUAUAAGAUCUUGCUUCGAACAACCACGCUAUCGCACGCAAAGCUACCUUCGGAUAUGUUGGCGCGACUGGAUGCAGUGAAGAGCGAUGACGAACUGGUGAAACAAGAGGGUGUCAAGAUCAUGGACGAAAUGGUGGAACACAUCAAGGCACGACCAGAUACUUGUAGAAGAGGAUUCCACUUCUACACAUUGAACCUGGAGAAGGCGGUAUCGCACAUCGUGGAAGACACGCACCUCAUACCAUCGACCAUCGACGACAAUGACGAUGUCAUUGUAGAGACAACACCCGCUAUCAACCUUGAGCCACCACCGAACGGCUUUGUGCCCCACAGGAGGCGAUCAUCAGCUGUUAAUUCUGGCCCACGGAACAGGGUAAUCAUCUCACAUUCAUCCGCUGCCAAGUCCAGCAAUCAUUCGUAUGAAGCCACAGAAGAAGAGGCUGGUGUGCCGCGCGGCCCGAUCAACACCCGCGCGAAUACAUUGGCAAUCUCAGAAGGCGAAGGGUCAUUAGGUCGUGAAGCCACCUGGGAUGAUUUCCCUAACGGUCGUUGGGGUGAUGCGCGUUCGCCUGCGUUCGGUGAGAUCGACGGAUACGGUCCAACGCUGCACGUCUCAACGCCGCAAGCCCUCAAGCUUUGGGGUCAUCCAGUGGAGAAGGAUGAUAUCUCGAAGCUCUUCCGCCGCCACAUCGAAGGAGACCUUGAGGCCAUACCCUGGAGCGAACAGAGCCUCUCGCCUGAAACCUUGACUAUCAGCAAGCAGCUCCUUGCCCUCAACGCAAAGGGGUGGUGGACAGUCGCCUCACAACCUGCUGUCAACGGCGUCAAAUCUACCGAUCCCGUCUUUGGUUGGGGCCCUAAGAAUGGCUACGUCUUCCAAAAACCAUUUGUAGAGUUCUUCAUCCCCGCCUCUGAAUUUGCUGCCCUCAAACCCAAGCUCGACGCCCACGAACAAGUCACCUACUUCGCCGGCAAUGCUGCAGGAGAGUUUGAAGCUAGUCAAGAAGAUGGAGUGAAUCCUGUCACUUGGGGUACGUUUGCAGGUAAAGAGAUUGUCACGCCUACUAUCAUCGAGGCUGUCAGCUUCAGGAGUUGGCUUGACGAGGCCUUCAGCAUUUUCCAAGAGUGGCAGAGGAUUUACCCUCCGAGGAGUGCGAGCAGCACGUUGCUUGGAGCUUUGCGACGCGACUAUUGGCUUGUAAACGUUAUUUGGGGCGAUUUUGUCCAAGGAGAGGGGUUGUGGGAAUUUUUGGAACAGUAA